CUUCACCAUGUAACCAACCUCCAAUUAUCGAUUACGCAACAAUUUCGAUCAUCUCCUUUCUUUCAUUCAACUUAAUUAUUAUACUCUAAAAAGGGCAAAUAAACUCUCAUUUAUCUCACUUUUUCUAUACUUGUGUUUUCUUUUUUGGGUUUUUUUUAGUGCCACCCUGUUACAAGUUAGUUACACAAAAUUAAAUAAAAUAAAACAAAAAGCUCCUCCUUUUUUCCAAGCUGGCAUGUUAUCACCCAAAAAAAUCACUCAAUACAAACACAACAAAUCCACUCUGUUUUUUCUUCUUCAAUUCUUUCUCUCACCUCUUUUUGCAUUUCCUUUUCUUCCACUUCACACAAAGAAAAAAAAAUACCAAGAAUCUUAAAUUUCUCAAAUUUCAAUAAAUUUAGCUCAAUUUUAAUACAAUUAAAUUGAUCAAAACAUGUCAAAUUCAGUGGGUUUAGAAUUGGAAAGAAAGGCUUCGCCGGGAAAUGAUAUGGAGAGGGGAUCACCCGUGGCGGCGCCGGCAUCGGGCGAAACAGAGCACGGUGUUGGAUCAAUCCUCCGACGAUGGAAAAGAGAGGAUUUAAUUAAAAAAGGGUCAUUAACUUUAAGAGCUUUGUCUUUGGUUUUUUCUUUACUUUCCUUUAUUAUUAUGGCUAGUAACAAUCAUGGCGGUGGCCAAGACUUUGGCAAUUACGAAGAAUUCAGGUAUUUGUUGGCAAUUGCAAUAUUAUCGACACUAUAUACAGGAUUACAAUGUUUUAGACAUGUUAAUGAGUUAUCUAGAGCGAAAGAAUUUGUUGAUCCCAAAACUGCAGCUAUGAUUGAUUUUGUUGGAGACCAGAUAUUGGCAUACUUGCUACUGUCAUCAGCUUCUUCGGCCAUACCUAUGACAAACAGAAUGCGGGAAGGAGGUGACAACAUUUUCACAGAUUCAUGCGCAGCAGCCAUAAGCAUGUCUCUCCUUGCUUUCAUUUCAUUGGCAUGUUCAUCCGUCAUUGCUGGCUAUAAGCUCUCUACUCAGUCAUUUAUAUGAAAAUUUCCUCUUAUAAAUAUAUUUAUAAUCUAAACAUUCUUGAACUUGAUUCUUUCAUACAGUAUAGUCUUUACAUAUUGUUUAUAUACCUGAUUAGAGUUGGCCUUAGGCUAUCUGAUUGGAACCCUUCAGAUCACAGAUUGCCUGCAACUUAUUGUACCUUAUUCUUCGUUUUCUUUUCUUUCUUUUUCUUAAAUGUAUAUUUUUAUGAAUAUUUGAGUAUAGAAUUUCACUCCUACAGGCUACAGCCUUUCAUUUCUC